AUGGCUGCCAAGGCUCCGGUCCCUCAGAAUGACAACGUCGCUCACGCCCUCGCUGGCGCAGGCGGCGGCAUCUUGUCCAUGACUACUCACAUGAUUCCGCAAACCUACAGCUAUCCUCUCAUCACCCUCUCCACCCGCGCUCAGGUCGAGUCCAAAAAGGCCGAGAGCAAGUUCACCGAUGCCGUGCGGAAGAUCAUCGCACGCGAGGGCAUUGCCGGACUGUAUUCAGGCAUCAACUCGGCGCUCUUUGGCAUCAGCGUCACCAAUUUCGUCUACUACUACUGGUACGAAUGGACCCGGGCCUUCUUCGAGAAGGCCGCCGCCACGGCUGGCCGUGCCAACAAGAAGCUCACGACGUUGGAGUCCAUGAUUGCCGGUGCCAUUGCCGGCUCGGCCACCGUCGUCAUCACCAACCCCAUCUGGGUUGUCAACACUCGCGUCACCACGCGCCAGCAAAACUCCGAGGCCGACCUGGAGUCGGGCAGGCCUGCCAAGAAGCCCACGACCUUGGGCACGCUCAUGGCCCUCCUUAGGAAGGAGGGUCCCCAGGCUCUCUUCUCCGGCGUCCUGCCGGCGCUGGUCCUGGUCGUCAACCCCAUCCUCCAGUACACGCUCUUCGAGCAGAUGAAGAACUAUGUCGAGAAGAGAAGAAAGGUUACGCCUACAGUCGCCUUCUUCCUCGGCGCCCUCGGCAAGCUCUUCGCCACGUCGGUGACGUACCCCUACAUCACGGUCAAGAGCCAGAUGCACGUUGCUGGCAGCCACAGCAGCAAGCGGGAGGGCAUGACCGAGGCCCUGCGCAGAGUGGUCCGGGAGGAGGGAUACGCCGGCCUGUACAAGGGUAUUGGUCCCAAGGUCACACAGAGUGUCCUGACUGCCGCUUUCUUGUUCGCCUUCAAGGACGUGCUGUAUGAGCAGACUGUCCGUCUCCGCCAAGGCCGCAAGGCUUAG